AUGGAUUUCUUCUAUCUGGAAGGGCAGGACCCAAGUAUUGAAGAAAUUCUCCACUCGACAUCGCCAUAUUAUAACAAAGAUGAAGAUAGUAACAUUAUUGCCACAGAAGUAGCAAACAGGAAACCAACCUCUCCGACUUCAGUAAUUAUGGAUGAAAGAACUCUUCUAAAUUUAGAUGAAUAUCUUAAAAGGCAACUAAUGGCAAGCCAUGAUCACAGUGCCAAUAAUUCAAGCAAUGUCAUGAAUUUCACAAAAGGCUUCAUUUUGGGCCAACUAUCAGUCAUUGUUGUCAUUAUAAUCUUUAUCAGGUUUUUUGUAUUUUCUGAAUCCGUCCCCAAAAAUGCCGCUAAAGGUGGUAAGAAGAGUGCUAUUCUCAUAACCAAUGAAACUAUCAUAAACGGUAAUGGGUAUGUUGGAGGUAUGAGCAGCGGAGGAGCCAAGAAAGGUGGUGUUUCUGAUAACUCGAAGCUUGUUAAGAAGGCUCCUUCAAAUAGAAAAAAUUCGGCUAAUUUAUCUAAUGAGGAUGAUGAUAACGAAAUGGCUAUUAUAAUAAAUAGUAUAUUGGAAAAAACCUAUUAUGAUGUUAAUACUCACCAAACGGAAUCUUUGGAUUGGUUCAAUGUUUUAGUGGCACAAAUUAUUACCCAAUUUAGAACUGAAGCUCUUUAUGAGAAUAAUAUUAUCAAUUCCUUAAAUGAAUUCCUUUCUAAUGCCGGAGAAAAGAACAAAAUCCCGGAUUGGCUUGAUACGAUUAAGAUAAAUGAAAUUAAUAUUGGAGAUGACUUUCCAAUUUUCAGCAACUGCAGAAUCAUCAAGAAUAAACUCGGAAAAUUAGAGGCAAAGAUUGAUGUUGAUCUUUCAGAUACAUUAACCUUGGCAAUAGAGACAAAGAUUCUUGUAAAUAAACCAAAAGUCUUAACAGCGGCUCUACCGAUUAAAUUAUCAGUUUCUCUCGUUAGAUUUAGUGGCUGUUUGAAUAUAUCAUUAGACUCUGUACCAGAGGACUGCUCCAAAGAUAUCAAUACAUCAGGUAGUGAGAUGCGCCCUUUGCAUUUAGGAGGUGUAUUGAACUUUGGCUUCAGCGCAGAUUACAGAUUGGAAUUUAAAACUGAAUCAUUAAUUGGUGCCAGAUCAAAAUUAGAAAAUGUUCCAAAAAUAUCUUACUUAAUUGAAAAUCAACUCAAAAAUUGGUUUGUUGAUAGGUGUGUGGAACCAAGAUUUCAACUGAUUCCCCUCCCUAACAUGUGGCCGAGAAAAAAAAAUACUAGAGGGAAAAUUUAA